AUGAAUCGGCAGCCCGGGGGAGAGCGGAAGAGGAAGGGCCGCACCCCCGGCGGGCAGGCCUUAGGGAAAUGCUCCCGGGUCCGGGUGGGCCAGAAAACCCCAAGACGGAGGGAGCUGCAGGCCGAGGACCUAGCCAGCGUACUGCAGCACCUCGAGGAGGAGUUCGCGGCGGGCGAGAGGCUCGCAGACGAGCAGACGUGGUGCAUGCCGGUGCCGCGCGCGAGGCAGGUGCGAACGGUGCAGAGGUUCUACCGGGCGUUCCACGACGCCGGCACGCUACCGGUCUUGACCUGCAAGAGGGCUUCGCCUGGCAUGCACCUCCACGGCCGGCUCGGCUGCGAGCACGCGUACCCCGACGAGCUCAAGGGCCUCACGCCGGUCGAGGAGAAGCUGAUCUCGCUCAACUCGUGCUACGGCUUCGUGACGAGGUAUAGCAUCCCCGGCGGGCAGAGGCAGAGCGUGAGGUAUCCGAGGCACGUCAAGGGCCAUAUCACGGUAUUCCCGAAUGACGUGCAGGGGCUGGUGACCAAGGUGCUCCCGCACCCGCUAGUCCGGGUUAUGGACGAGAUCCAUGUCUCGUGGCAGGGGGCCGAGAAGCCGGGGCCACGCGACCUGUCGGGCCUCCUGUCGGUAAGGCGGCGGGCGGUCGAGAGGGCGCUCGUCUGGCUUAAGGAGAACAACCCGCUCUACGGCGAGGUCGAGAUCGACGUGGCGGAGAUGGAGAGCUGGGGGGCGCCGCCGCACGGGGUGCCGUCGGUGGUAUGCGAGCGCCUGGAGCGAAACGAGCCGUCAGCGCGGGAGAGGACGCGGACCGCGCAGGUGGUGCCGCCGACGGAGCGGGCCAUGGACGACGAGGGCGCGGUCGAGAUCGAGGAGAUCCUCGUCAUGUUAAGCCAGGGGCGGGAUCCCGCGGAGAGGAGUCGCGACGUCAGGCCCACGUGCGACGACGAAGAGGACGGCGCUAGGCCCGAAGAGGGCGGGGAAGUAAUCAACGAGGUGACGUCGUCCGGCAUGUUCCCGCUCGACGGGCCGCCAGGGGUGGCGGACGCCGAGAAGAUUCGCUUCGCCCGCGACGCCGUCGGGCCCGACGGAGCGCGCGCCCGCGCAGGCCCGAGGACGUGGGUGGGGACGGCGGCCGGAGGGGCGGCGCGCGGCGGCGAUGGCGACAAGUACGAGCCCUAUAUCCAGGUACGGCGCGGCAACGAGUUCGCCGACUCGGCGGACGCCUCCUUCUUCGCCAAGACCUUCCCGACGCUAUUUCCUUUGGCCGAGACUACCGGGUGGCGGGGCCGGGCUGCCGAGGCGGAGCGGGUCGCGGAGGGCCUCACGUCGACCCGGAACAUGAACCUCCAAGCAUGGGCCGACGUCGUGCUACGGCGCCACGGCGGCCGGAACCGCCAGGCCAGUAUGCUAGGCGUAACGAGGAAGAACUUCGCAAAGGUCGAGGGUCUACUAAAGUCGUUAACGACGCAGAGGCUCGAGGCGGCGAGGGUCGAGCUCGAGGCCACGGGCAAGACCGGCGACGACGGGGUAAAGGAGCUCCGGUCCCUAUCGGUGUUUGGCCACCGGCAGCCGAUGUCGAGGGAGAGCCGCCUAAGUAUGCGGAAGAAGAUACUAUCUCUCAUCGUCAGAUACGGGGUGCCGGCCAUUUGGUUCACGCUAAACCCGAACGAUAUUACGAACCCGGUAAAGCUACGGCUGGCGGCGUACCGCGCCCGCGACCCCGAAGCGGCCGAGGCCUUCCUAAGAGAGCUAGGGACUGCGUAUAAGCGGGUGCGGCUGGCGAUAGCGGACCCGAUGAGCGCGGCCGUCUUCUUUCACCGGGAGAUAAAGCUCUUCUUCGAGCAUUACGUCGACGUCGGGGACGAGUCGGUGUUCGGGCACGUCGGGGCGUACUACGGGGCGGUAGAGACGAACGAACGAGGUGCUCUCCACCUCCACGGGCUUCUCUGGCUAAAGGGCAAUGCGCGCCUCGGCGAGGCGCUGGCCGGCGCCGGCGGCGAGGAGCAGGCAGCGUACCGGGAGCGAAUAAUCCGCUACGUAGACAGCGUCUUCUCCGAGGAGCUAGACGCAGAAGGGCACCACGCUGUGCAGGCGGAGCGGUCGAUCACGGCGCACAUGUCGUCGUGGCUUGACGACGUCGAGCGCUUAACGGACGCGUUCGACGAGGAGGCCAACUUCUGCGCCGGCGCGACGCAGGUCCACACGCAUAGCGCGACCUGCGUCAAGUACUCGCUCGCGGGGCCGGUCGUGGGCGACCUCUGCCGUUUUAAGGCGCCCUGGAGGCUAGUAGAGAGGACGGCGCUCACGGCGGACGGCGUGCUGGAGAUCCGGCGGACACAUAGCAUGGUGAACCGGUGGAACAAGGCGAUGGCGGUAGGGCUGCGGCACAACCACGACAUCUCGUUCAUCGCGACGCAGCGCAAGACCAUGGCCCUGAUCUACUACAUCACCAACUAUGCGACUAAGGUCGAGGUGAUCGCCGACCUCCUGGGGUAUCCCGCGGAGUUUUGCAGCGGCGCGGCGUGGGCGUACGUGAACACGAACCAGCUCUACUGGGCCGUCUUCCGCCAGUGGCGGCACCUCCGACUGGCGAGCGGGGUAGAGGCGACGGCGAGCGACGCGCCGGACGAGACGGUCGUCGUCGAGGAGGCGGGGCCGAGGAUCUCCUUCAUCGAGGCCUACCGGCAUAGAGGCGGGCUCCUACAGGGCCUCUGUCUCUACGACUACGCGUCGCUCGUAAGGCUGAAACGGAAUGGCGGAGGCGCCGAGGGCUGCGCGGCCUGGGGCGAGAUACCCUUUAACGAGAGCUGGGCUCCGGGAAGGACUGGGCGCAAGUGCUCAGACGGCCGGGUAAGGGGCGAGCGUACGCCUAGACGGGUACCUCAGUAA